CCUCCAGCUCAUCUUGUGCGUCUUCACUCUGUGAAGUAAACCCGCCUUCAUUCGCGACCCUCCAAUCAAAGGCCGUUUAAACGCGCCAGGAUGCUGAGCGCACUUUCAUGAAUGAAGACAACAAUCCUCCGGGGACGAGAGUCACCUCACCGCACUGAUAUUACAAUCAGGAUCUUUCUGUUGCCCGUACAAAGCAUGGGAACACGAGUUAAAGAGUCUCUCUGUGACGAUGAAGCACCCCAAACUAUGACAUUUGGCCGCUAUAUGCAAUUUAGGAAUGCCGCACCCUAAACUGACAGAGAUGGGGACCGCGAUUUCUUCUUCAGGACAGGCGCCUUAUGUUUUUCGGCUUGUCAAAGUUAAACGAAUAAAGUCUUAAGUAUAAUGGCCGACUACAGACUGUUUUCAGAGGGAUGGCAACUUUUAACAACCCUCUCUUGGACAUCCGGAGACUCUUGCAAAAACUUGUGAUCAUGUUUUCAUUUGGCGCGAUAUGCGUAUCUCUUCUCUACCUUUUGCUGGGAUGCUGCGAGUCGGACAGCUCGAAAAACGCACAGCCGUGGACUUUAACUGAAUGGUACCGCGAGGGCAACAACAAAACCUUGUUAAGAGAAAUAUUAAAGUCGCCUGGUUACGUGCUGGAGGAAAGUGUGGAUGCAAACAGCUCCGGGAAAGACUGGACCGCAACCCGACGGCUUCCUCAGGCUCUCAUCAUCGGAGUUAAGAAGGGAGGGACGCGAGCGCUGCUCGAGUUUCUGAGACUUCACCCGGACAUCCGAGCUCUCGGGUCCGAACCGCACUUCUUUGACAGACACUACACGCGUGGACUCAACUGGUACAGGAGCAUGAUGCCCAAAGCUCUCGAGGGGCAAAUCGUAAUGGAGAAGACGCCCCGAUAUUUUGUCACCCCGGAGACGCCGGCCCGCAUCCAUGCCAUGUCACGAGACAUCAAGCUAAUCGUGGUGGUGCGAGAUCCCAUCACCCGCGCCAUUUCGGACUACACCCAGAUCAUUUCCAAGACCCCCGACAUUCCUAGUUUCGAAAGGCUGACUUUUAAGAACAGAACCACGGGUCAGAUAGACUCCCUUUGGAGCCCGCUGUACAUCGGACUCUACGCCAAGCACUUGGAGCGGUGGUUGGCCUACUUUCCACUCGCCCAGAUCCAUUUCGUCCACGGCGAAAGGCUGAUAAGCGACCCCGCGGGCGAGCUAGGACGCGUGCAAGACUUCCUCGGUUUGCAGAGGAUCAUUACAGACAAACACUUUUAUUUCAACAAGACCAAGGGCUUUCCAUGCCUCAAAAAGCCAGAAGGCAGUAGCAAACCCCACUGUUUGGGGAAAACCAAAGGAAGAACUCAUCCCAAAAUUGACCCAGAGGUCAUUCGGAAACUUAGGGAAUUCUACCAGCCGCACAAUCUUAAGUUUUAUCAAAUGGCAGGCAUGGACUUUGGAUGGCAAUGAGUGUUUCUGUAUAAUAAGAAACAUAUCAGUGAGUGUUGGUAGAUACCUGUGUGUUUACAAUAACUGAUUACUAAUGGUGUUUGUCUAGAUUGGUCUAGAGUUGAUCAGUAGGAAAGCUGGAAGGUACAGUAAACUGAUAUCAUUAGAUGUUAUCAUAUACAGUAGAUUUGUCGAUGGCUCCAUUGCUAAUCAGAUCAAUGUAUCAUGUUUUGAGGAGGUCAUAAAUAUUCUUUUAUACCUUGUUUGUGUGUCAGGUUGUGUAAACUGUUGACAUUAUGUACUUAACUAGUGAGAUUAAUUUAUUGUUGCAAGCAGCACUUUACUGCAAUUUCCAUUUUUUAUGUUUUGAUAUUUUUCAUUUUGAUUGAUCAAGAUUAUUACAUACAUCAAACUGUUAUAAUUUAAAUAAACUGUAUAGCAAAACCCCUC